AAACCUGUCCCAGCAGGAAGCAGAGCGGCAGUGCGAGUGAGUGAGAGACGAGAGGAUUAUUAGAACUUACAAUAUGCCUCAGAAAUGGAAAAGGCGACGGGAGGGCUAGUAAAGUAAAUUUGGAGGCGAAACGACAACUGUGUGGAUGUGCAAUACGAAUAACGCAGACGCCAACUUGUGGAUUACAGAUACACAAAGAGACAAAAAAGUGUUUCUCCGAAUGCAGCAAAAGUUGAGAGACGCGAAAACUCGUCUGAUCGAAAAACAUCUGAGGAAAAAGUGAGACUACGAGUAAAGAAUCACUUAGUUUCGAAAGCUGGAUUUGCAUUUUGGCCUUCAUUAUUUUUAAAUUUCCCUCCCUUUUCGGUGAAGGCGGAGGAGGAAGGGGCUCUGAGUUUUGUGUUGCCCCACUGCCUGAUCUCAGGCCUCUUCGUUACGGUAGUGGAGUUUUUGUCGGAGAGGGAAAGCAGGACAAGAGGGUGUAUGUAAAUGCCGUACACCUGGAUGGACUUUUAAAGGAGACGCAGCUCCGAACAAGUUAAGUUUAAUAGUCGUUUUUUAUAUGUGGUGACCCAGCCCAAAAUAAAAGUGAUCAAAAUGGAUUCGCAAUACGGAACUUCAGCCUCAGCCGGAGUGCCAACGUCUAAAAGCACCAAGGACAAGAAGACGAAGAAGGCUUUGGAGGACGGAGAUGGAAAGAAGAAGUUUACAUUGAAGCGCCUUUUUCCAGAUGAGCUUGAACGAUUUACAAGUAUGAGGAUGAAGAAGGAAAAGGAUAAGCCAUAUCCAACUCAUCGUCAUUCAUCUGCUGCACAGUACGAGAUUGGUGGUCAGUCCAGCUCUCUUCAUGACCUACCUGAUGCCACAGUACUUGAGCUUUUUGAACAGAUGUUGGUUGAUAUGAAUCUUAAUCCGGAAAGGCAGCAGCCUUUGCGAGAAAAGGACAUCGCUAUUAAGAGAGAAAUGGUUUCACAGUAUUUGCAUACUUCUAAAGCUGGCCAAAGCCAAAAAGAAAGUUCAAAAUCAGCAAUGAUGUACAUUCAGGAUCUGAAAAGUGGUCUUAGAGACAGCCACCUUCUGAAUGUCCUUGAAAGUCUCAGAGUUUCCCUCAGUAACAAUCCUGUCAGCUGGGUGCAAAAUUUUGGAGCAGAAGGCCUUGUACUGCUUCUGGACAUUUUGAAGAAGCUCCAAGAUGAAAAGGAUGAAAUGUUUAGUGGGACUGAUGUCAAGUGCCAGCAUGAAAUUAUCAGGUGUCUAAAAGCCUUCAUGAAUAACAGGUAUGGUAUUAAAGCCAUGCUGGAAUCAGAAGAUGGAAUUCAGCUUCUUGUACGUGCCAUCAAUCCUACAGUACCUCACAUGAUGGUGGAUGCUGUAAAACUAGUAUCUGCAAUAUGCAUUUUAGAUGAUCCAGAAAACAUUCAUGAACGUGUUUUGGAAGCAAUAACAGAACAGGCUGACAUUGAAGAAAUUGAAAGGUUCCAACCAUUGCUAUCUGGAAUGAAGCUGCCCUCUUUUCCACUAAAGGCAAGCUGCAUGCAACUGAUAAAUGCAUUAAUAAGUCGAGGUGAAGAACUGGACUUCAGGAUUCAUAUCCGUAGUGAACUUAUGCGUCUUGGACUGAAAGACAUAUUGAAGGAUGUUCGUGCUGUUGAGAAUGAUGAGCUAAGAGUUCAGUUAAAUGUUUUUGAUGAGCUUGCAGAAGAUGAUUCUGAAGAACUAAGGGGUCGGCUGGAUGAUGUCAGAACUGAAAUGGAUGAUGUCACUGAGGUUUUCCAGAUUAUUCAAAAUACAGUAAAGGAUUCAAAAACAGAAGGGCUUUUUCUGUCCAUUUUACAACACCUUCUUCUCGUACGCAAUGACUACUUUGCCAGACCUCAGUACUACAGGCUUAUAGAUGAAUGUAUUUCCCAGAUUGUCCUCCAUCGUAAUGGCACAGAUCCUGACUUCAAAUGCAAAAAAUUUUUACUAGAUGUUGAUGGAUUAAUUGAUAAUAUGAUUGACAAAACCAAAGUACAGACAAGCGAAGCUAAAGCUAUUGACCUGGAAAAAAAGCUUGAUGCAGAGCUGACAGCACGACAUGAGCUUCAGGUGGAGAUGAAGAAAAAGGAGAGUGAUUUUGAACAGAAAGAGAAAGAACUGACUUCUUCAAAUGAAAAUGUUAUUUCACAAUUAAAUACCACAGAAGCAGAAAUCACAAAGCUGCAGGCUGAGAACAAGAAGCUUGUAGAAGAGGUGGAUGUACUUUCUAAACACCUGCAGGAUGAGAAAAACAAGGUUGCCUCAGCAUCUCAACCUCAUCAACCUAAGAUCAUUCCUCCUCCUCCUCCUCCUCCUCCACCACCACCACUCCCUGGACAAGUUGGAAUUCCAAGCUUCCCACCAAUUGCAGUUCCCGCUAAUCUCCCCCCUUCAACUUUGCCGUGCCCUCCACCACCCCCUCCGCCACCCCCACCACCCCCUCUUCCUGGUAUGAGUGGCCAUCCUCCGCCUCCCCCACCUCCACCACCACCACCCCUACCUGGUUGUGGUACUGGAUUUCCUCCACCACCCCCACCACCACCACCCCUACCUGGCGGUCCUGGAAUGCCACCCCCUCCACCACCUUUGCCUGGUGGUAUUGGAAUACCACCACCCCCACCUUUAUUUGGCGGUCCAGGGUUACCCCCACCUCCACCAUUUCCUGGAGGACCAGGAAUUCCACCCCCACCACCUGGUGCUCCUGGAAUACCACCGCCACCCCCUGGUGUAUGGGGUUUCUCUGUUCCUGCGCUUCCAUUUGGACUUGUACCCAAAAAGAAUUAUAAACCUGAAAUACAGCUGAAAAGGGCCAACUGGACUAAGUUUGGCCCUGAGGAUCUGUCUGAGAAAAGUUUUUGGACAAAUGUGAAGGAAGAUAAAUUUGAAAGCAAUGAACUAUUUGCUAAACUUACCCUGGCUUUCUCCUCUCAGAUCAAGAGUUCCAAAGUGGCUGGAGUACUAAUCCUGUCACCAUCUCCCAAGUUUUCCCUAGAUGCAGAUUAA